AUGGGUAUUUGCAGGCGGGUGAUGCGGGCAACGCGGGGCGGCGGCGGCGGCAGCUCGAUGCAGGGAGGCGUGGGUUCCGGCAGGGCUGGCAUGGAUCUGGCGGAUGGCAGCCGGAUCGGAUCGAUGACCUGCGGCUCCGGCGAGUCGGAAGGGCGGCGCCGGCGGCUGAGCUCCUCCAUGGACUGCUGCAGUUCCAGGGAGAGAGAGAGAGCUUCGAAGGCUCGCCUUUUCGAUCCGGGGCCCCAUCUUCCAGCCCUCUCGAGCACCGACGCCGUUGUCGUUCCCCUUCUUCUUAGACCCCCGGGACGUCCUGCCGCUGCGGUCUCCACCUUUGAGGUCUCGAAUUGGUUCAUCAACGCCCGCGUCCGGCUGUGGAAGCCCAUGAUCGAGGAGAUGUACCAGCAGGAGACCAAUGAGCUUGAGGGCACCUCCGCCGGCGGCCGCGGGGGCGGUCCCGAGUCUGGCGCCGCGCCGACGACUUGCACUCCCCGACGACCACCGGCGCACAGCAGCACCCGCAGCAGCAAGUAGUAAUGCAGCACGGCGGCGGCAGGUACGGCCAACAAGAGCACGGGACGUCCGGCGUCCACCCCCAUAAGCUCGACCCCGGCAGGGCCCUUGGUGGCGGACGCCGCCUUCGUCGGCCUUGACCCGGCGGAGCUCCUUGGCGGCGACGCGCACGUGGGUGCCGCGGACGACCUGGGUGGUUCGAGCCCGGGGUGAGGAUGAGGUACGGGCCCGCCACAACCGGCGCGGUCUCCGGCGAUGUGUCGCUUACGCUGGGCCUGCAGCACGCGAGCGCAGCCAGCGCAGCCUGUAAUUGAGGUGCAGUGCGGGUUGAUUAGUGCUAAGUCCAGGGGGGUAAUUGCAAAACGUGUGGUGCUGACCGGCUGUGCUGACUAGGCUCCACUUGUCGUGCUCUGAUUGGCUAGGACUAGAUUUGCACAUUGGCUGCAAGUUGUGGGACUCAAUAGUUGGCUUUUGCAAGUUCGGGACCAAAUCGUCACAUCCAGGACAAGUUCUGGGACUCCUGGUGCUAUUACCUCCAUUUGAUACGUAGAUUCUAACCCCUGCAUUUCGUAGGGUUUGAAAGGAAGAAGAGAAGUUGAACCAUGGGAAAGAGGAAGGUGUCCGCUAAGCCACCCACUAGGAAGCGGAUGGACAAGCUCGAUAUUGCCUUUUCCUGCCCAUUCUGCAAUCAUGGGAGCAGCGGAUGGACAAGGUUGAUAUGGCAUUUUCCUGCACAUUCUGCAAUCAUGGGAGCAGCGUUGAAUGCCUGAUGUUAGUACCAUCUUCACAUAUUUUUCCUGUUAGUUCGUUAAUGCUGGAUGGCUAUCUAU